AUGAACGAACACACACGGGGGAAACCAUUUAAGUGCAUGGAAUGUGGAAAGUGUCAUGAACCAAUCGCAUUUCAGUCCCAGGACUCAACUCCCAAACCCGGGGCAAUUGAUCCUGGCAAGGCAGAAACAUCAACCCUUCAAGGCAGCGCAAUGGCCUCAGAGGCACCGUCCGGAUUGCCUGUUUCUUGGGGCAGAGUGGGAAGAGGUGCUGGACAUUCACCUCAGGCUCCCUUGACCUUUGAGGAGGUGGCUGUGUAUUUCUCCGAGGAGGAGUGGGCUCUGCUGGAUCCUGAGCAGAGAGCUCUGCACAGGGAAGUCAUGGAGGAGAAUUACAAGACGGUGGCCUCUCUAGGGUCGUACCUCUAUUCCUGUUGGGAAGGAGAAUAUCCAGUGAUCAAGGAUCCCAAAGAAGAGGAGACUCCAGCAGCAGAUGAUGGCCAGAAGAAUGAGAAUUAUACGGAACCACAAAUGAUGUCAUCGGUAACAGCCAUGUGUGGAGCACAAGAAGAGAUGUUUUUAAAUCAUGGGGGACCAAAACUGUCUGAAAGAAACCAGUCAAAGAAUGGGAGGAAGAAAUCCACUACUUCUCAAAUUUUGCAUCAAAGAACUCACACAGCGGAGAAACCAUUUGAAUGCAUGGAGUGUGGAAAGAGCUUCAGCCAGAGAGGUAAACUUACUAUACAUGAAAGAACCCACACAGGGGAGAAACCAUUUAAAUGUAUAGAAUGUGCAAAGAGCUUCAGUGUGAGUAGUCACCUUACUGUACAUCAACGAACACACACAGGGGAGAAACCAUUUAAGUGCAUGGAAUGUGGAAAGACCUUCAGUGUGAGCAGUAGCCUUAUUAAACAUCAAAGAAGCCACACAGGGGAGAAACCAUUUAAAUGCUUGGAGUGUGGAAAGAGCUUCAGUGAUGGGGGAUACUUUACUAAACAUCAACAAAUACACAUAGGGGAGAAACCAUUUAAGUGCAUAGAGUGUGGAAAGAGCUUCAUUGUGAGUAGUAGUCAGCUUAUUGUACAUCAACGAACACAUACAGGGGAGAAACCAUUUAAGUGCAUGGAGUGUGGAAAGUGCUUCAGCCACAGCAGUACACUUACUGUACAUCAACAAACACACACAGGGGAGAAACCAUUUAAAUGCAUGGAGUGUGGAAAGAGCUUCAGCCAGAGAGGUAAACUUACUAUACAUCGAAGAACCCACACAGGGGAGAAACCAUUUAAAUGUGUGGAAUGUGGAAAAAGCUUCAGUUCAAGUUCUGAGCUUACUGUACAUCAACGAACACACUCAGGGGAGAAACCAUUUAAGUGCAUGGAAUGUGGAAAGAGCUUCAGUGUGAGCAGUAACCUUACUAAACAUCAAAGAAGGCACACAGGGGAGAAACCAUUUAAAUGUAUGGAGUGUGGGAAAUGCUUCAGAGAUAGGAGAACCCUUACUAAACAUCAGCAAAAACACAGGGGAGAAGCUAUUUAAAUGCAUGGAGUAUGGAAAGCGCUUCAGAGAUAGGGGAACUCUUAUGAAACAAUGAAAAACCUACAGGGGAGAAGCCAUUUAAAUGUACAGAUUUUGGAAAGAGCUUCAGUCAGAAUGACGGCCUUACUUUGCAUCCAUGAGCCCACAUGGGGGAAAACCAUUUGUAUGUAUGCAAUUGGAAAGAGCUUCAUUUGCAGCAGUAACUUUAUUAAGCAUGAAAAAAAUCCACACAGGAAGAAACCAUGUAAAUGCAUGGAAUAUGGAAAGAGCUUCAUGAAGCAUAGCCACAGCGAAGAACACACCAUGAAAUUGCCACUUAAAUGUCUGGAGUAUGGAAAGCACUUCAGCCAGAGAUGAGGCCUUACUUUACAUCAAAGAACCCAUACAAUGGAGGAGUGACUUAAAUGCAUUCAGUGUGGAAAGAGCUUCUUUGUGAGUAAUGAGCUUUAAUAUACACCAAUGAACACACUCAGGGAAGAAACCAUUUAAAUGCACCCCUUGUGGAAAGAACCUCUAUCCACCUUACUGUACAUCACAGAAUGCUCACAGGAGAGAAACAUGAGGUGUGGAAAGAGCUUCAACCAUAGCAGUAGCCUUACUUUACAUCAAAGAACCUGUAGAAUGGAGGAAUGAUUUAAAUGCAUUCAAUUUGGAAAGAGGUGGGCAAAGCAAGCCCACAUCCAGGAUUAAGCUAGGCUGAAGUUAUGCUGGUUUAUUAUUUAUUUAUUUGUU